UUCAAAGCCUCAAAUUGACACGUAAUUAAUCCAACAUCAAACAACAUUGCGAAACGUUUCCACAUUAUUAUAAACAUUGAAGAAAUAAACAAAAGAUUGAGAUGGAAAAAAAUACGACAACACCAACUGAAAAGUCCAAAAAAAAAGUCUCGUUUGGUAGAACCAAAGUUCGUCUUGUUUUUGACUACCCCAACGAAAACUUCACGCAAGACGAGGACACGGACGAGAGGACGUCACAGGAGCUUACCAGGAUGAAAGAAAUACAAACUCAAUUGCAAAAACAACCAAAGAAACCUAUUCUGAAAUCAACUGUACGAAGUGGACCGAAUACCCUCAAGGGAAGAACAAAACAUAUGCUUGAAUGGGAUAAAAUGGACAGGAACUUCUGGGUGCCAGCUAAGCAGACACGUAAAGGAAGAAGAAGAGACAAUUCGCCGUCUGAAGGUGAUGCCGGUUUGAGUUUUGCAAAGAGAGAAGAAUCACUCCACAAUGUUAAAGAAGAUUCGUCAACUAGCAAUAAGACCACAAUAUCCAACAAGGAUGAAAAAACUGUGGACAAAGAUGAAGAUAGUAGUGUCGGAGCGGUUCUGAGCAAGAAAGCGACGAAUAUAGAUGAAAAGCUAGAAGUUAAGAACAACCAGAAAUGGAGGGGGGUUGUUGGAGAUCAUAAAUAUGAACUGAAUAAGUUUGUUGGAGUUUACAAGGGAGUUGAAGCUGACUUGGAGCAGACCAGACAGUCGCUGUUGAAGAUUGGCGUUGAUGUGAGUGAGGACGAGCUUCAGAAUCCCAGGGAUUUCGUUACAAUUAUGAACAUGUUGCUCUGUGUGCAACAAGACGAAUCUGAUAAACAAACCUCGGCGAAAUCACAAAGAGAUUUGGCUGAGCAGCACCCAGCCUUCCCACAGGACCUUGAUACGAUUUCAACACGAAAGGAAGUCCCUGAUGAACCACCGAACAGUCAUGGUAGUUUUAAAGUGGAAGAGAAAUCAAUACCAAACAGUCGUGUUUCAGGAUCAAACGAAGAAGAUUUGAUCAUCAAAGAGGAAUUAAUGAACGAUGAACUCAGCUCCACACACAACGAGAAACUACAAAAUAGGAAAUCAUCUAAGAGGUUUAGGAUGAAGGGAUUUUUGCCCAGAAAGAAAGGGAAAACUGAUGGAAAAAUGACGAGGGGAGAUAAGAAAGAUUCUGAGGAUUAUUUGAGUUUCUCGCCCAGCAUUGGCAGUGAAAAAAACAUGGACAGCAAAGAAUGUUCUUCGUCUGACAAAUUUAGAAGCCUAAAAGAUAGAUCCAGUUUAAAUGCUUCACAUUCACAGAGACCACAACGAAGCCAAAGCGAGGAUAAUUUGGAUCAUUUCGGCAAAACUAAGAAACAGCAAACUAGAAAAACAAAUGAUAGCAAAUCAAUGGACGAUAUUAACUCGGAUAUGGAAUGCUCAACAGGCUCAAGAUUGUACAGAGAGCGUGCCUUUAGUGAUAAUAACUUGAAUUUGCCAAGGAGGGUAUCAGUGGAUCAUGAUUUAACGCAAGACGUGUUGCACCCAAGUGCCCGGGACAGAGGAAGCAGUGUCAUUGAGGCGAAAUUCCAAGAAUCUAAGAAUCGGGAUAGACCGAAGAUUGUGAAAAGAGAUUCGUGGUUUUUGACUAAAAACAGAAGAUCAGAGCUGAAUACCUGGAAGGAUCCGAAGAAAGAUCAAAUCCCAAAGAGGAAUGCUCAACCGACUCAAGCUUGUACAGAGAGCGUGCCUUUAGUGAUAAUAACUUGAAUUUGCCAAGGAGGG